AAGUUACACGAGUUAUACUCAUACACCUCAUACACUUCUAUGGAUCAGUAGUUUGUUCAGAGUGAACUAAAGUUUGUGAAUUUUUAACAAAUUCUAAGACUUCGACGUUUUAGAAAUAAUAAGCUUCUUAUAGCAAAUGGCUACUCUCGAAGAUAAAUCUCUUUGGGAGGAUGGAGAGGAAGCUUUAGGUGAAGAUGUUUGGAGAAUGUCUACAGAUGAAAUCGUAUCCCGGACACGUUUGUUGGACAAUGAAAUUAAAAUUAUGAAGAGCGAAGUGAUGCGCAUCUCGCAUGAACUUCAGGCACAAAAUGACAAGAUUAAAGAAAACACAGAAAAAAUUAAAGUAAACAAAACCCUACCAUAUUUAGUAUCGAAUGUCAUAGAAUUGUUAGACGUAGAUCCUCAAGAUAUGGGGGAAGAGGACGGUGCAGUUGUUGAUCUGGAUGCACAGAGAAAAGGAAAGUGUGCAGUUAUUAAGACCUCCACGCGUCAAACAUAUUUUUUACCUGUGAUCGGGUUGGUUGACGCAGAAGCACUGAAGCCAGGUGAUUUGGUUGGUGUCAACAAAGACAGCUAUCUUGUUCUUGAAACAUUACCUGCUGAGUACGAUGCGAGAGUCAAGGCUAUGGAAGUGGAUGAAAGACCUACAGAACAAUAUUCAGAUAUCGGUGGCUUAGACAAACAAAUUCAGGAGCUGAUAGAAGCAGUGGUGUUACCUAUGACGCAUAAGGAAAAGUUUGAGAACCUUGGUAUCCAGCCUCCCAGAGGUGUGCUAUUGUACGGGCCACCAGGGACUGGAAAAACUUUAUUAGCCAGAGCUUGUGCAGCUCAGACGAAAUCGACUUUCUUAAAACUAGCAGGACCACAGCUUGUUCAAAUGUUUAUCGGGGAUGGCGCAAAAUUAGUAAGAGAUGCAUUUUCACUUGCUAAGGAGAAAGCCCCCGCGAUUAUUUUCAUAGACGAGUUAGAUGCGAUUGGAACGAAAAGAUUCGAUUCGGAAAAGGCUGGUGACAGGGAAGUGCAACGUACUAUGUUGGAGCUAUUGAACCAGUUGGAUGGAUUCAGCUCGACCGCUGAUAUUAAAGUAAUAGCAGCUACGAAUAGAGUAGAUAUUUUAGAUCCAGCCUUGUUGAGAUCUGGGCGUCUGGAUAGGAAGAUAGAAUUCCCGCAUCCAAACGAAGAAGCUAGAGCACGUAUAAUGCAAAUUCAUUCGCGUAAAAUGAACAUGUCUCCGGACGUUAAUUUCGAGGAAUUGUCGAGAUCUACUGACGACUUCAAUGGCGCUCAAUGUAAAGCUGUUUGUGUAGAAGCGGGUAUGAUAGCACUGAGGCGCAAUGCUACUGCAGUUACACACGAAGAUUUAAUGGAAGCUAUUAAUGAAGUCCAAGCCAAGAAGAAAGCUAAUCUCAAUUAUUACGCCUAAUAUGCAUUACUCACUGAUUCAAUUAUUAAGAUACGUUUUAUAAUAAGUCAGGACAGAGGCACCGGAGUAAUUGUAAACAGAAUUAAAUUUAAAAACGUUUAUCGUUUCUAUAUAAUAAAUAAUUCAACAUAA